GUGAAGAUAUAGUAUUCUUAGCUACAGACAUAAACCUACCUGGAGCAGUUGACUGGGUUAUGAUGCAGUCAUGCUUUGGCCAUCAUUUUAUGCUAGUGCUUGAAAAACAAGAAAAAUAUGACGGUCUACAGCAGUUCUUUGCAAUAGUUCAACUCAUAGGCUCACGAAAACAAGCAGAGAGUUUUGCAUACAGAUUGGAAUUAAAUGGUCAUCGACGACGAUUAUCCUGGGAGGCCACGCCUCGAUCCAUCCACGAAGGAGUACAGGCAGCGAUCAUGAACAGUGACUGUUUGGUGUUUGAUUCUAGUAUUGCUCAGCUCUUUGCAGAAAAUGGAAACCUUGGAAUCAACGUAACUAUUUCCAUGUGCUGAUCAAUGUCUCUGUGUUGUUGUAUACUUUAUUUAUAUUUUCUUUAGAGUAGGGUUCCCGGGUGAAGUAAUAAGACAAGCGGCUUCAUGGUACAGUCUAUUCUAGAAUUAUGCACAUUGAAAGGGGGGGGCCUAGACUGUGGUAUGUAUAUAGUUACCUCAAAACAAUGUCAUACAUUGUUUACCACAGUGCUUUAUAGGAGAAUUGAGGUAUCUUCUUGUAAGUUAUCUUUCCCAAGAAAUAAUGUUUUUCUUUGCAUCACUUUGUGACAUGGGGGAUGCAAUAUUUUCUGUAACUAAGGCAUAAUGCUACAUGUCUACACUGCUAAAGCAGUGUUUAUCCCUGUGGUGUCUGUAAUUGGCAUGGGGAUGCAUGCUUCCUUAAAAAAUAUUGUUCACUUAAAAAAAACCAAAAUACUUGCUGUGCAAAAAAAUGACACUCAGGUAGUUAAAAAGCACCUCAUAUCACCCCAUAUUCCAGCUAACGCUAUCUUAUUUUUCCUUUGUUCAGCCAUCAGCUUCCCUUCAUUGGCCCCACCCAAUGGCAGCACUUAGUUGUAGCAUGUGGUUAGCCUAACAUUCAUUACUUUGCAUGAUCAAACUUAUUAUCUGCUUUGCCAUGCCUCUUCCCUUCAUCAGCCCCACCCAAUGGUAGCACUCCUAGAUAUGCCAUUUGGUUAGCCUAACAUUUAUUACUUUGCAUGAGCAAACUUAUUAUCUGCUUUGCCAUGCCUCUUCCCUUCAUCAGCCCCACCCAAUGGUAGCACUCCUAGAUAUGCCAUUUGGUUA